AUCGCCAAAAUAUACCACAAAAAAUACCAAAUUAAGUGUUAGAAAUCAUUUACAGUCUUGAAAAGUAGUUUUCCAACUCUGCUUGACAUUUCGUUUGUUUACGCCGCUUUUGCAAAACAGUCACCAUGACCGCCACCUUUGACGCCUCGCACACGGAAGGACCCGGUUUCGUUGGCAUUCGCUUCUGUCAGGAGUGCAACAACAUGCUGUACCCCAAAGAGGACAAAGAUAACAAAAUCCUGCUGUACGCCUGCAGGAACUGUGACUACAAACAGGAGGCAGACUCAAACUGCAUCUACGUGAACAAAAUCAUGCACGAAAUCGACGAGCUGACGCACAUUGUGCCGGAUGUGAUAUCGGAUCCCACGCUGCCACGGACUGAGGAUCACGCUUGCCCGAAGUGCUCUCACCGCGAGGCGGUCUUCUUCCAGGCUCAAACACGACGUGCUGAGGAGGAGAUGAGACUGUACUAUGUAUGCACUAAUCAGAACUGCACCCACCGGUGGACCGAGUAGAUUCCAAUGGCCAUAAGGCAUGUAAUUGUAGAUAACUUGGCCCUAACCUUCAUUGAUAAAACAAAAUCCUGGAGAAACAGCCACAAAGAUCUGUAACCCUGACCUCCAAUAAAACGAAAUCCAUGCAAAUAA